CUGGUCACAUGAACAACUCAGAGCAACAAAAGGAGAGGAAAGCAAGAAGAAAACCAUUUAGCUGUUCUGAUGGGAGUAAAAGACAGAAACAGAAGGGCACUCUGAUCAAAGCGCAGCGCGGACAAAUUUCAUUCAAGAUGGAGGAGAGACUGAUCGUCGCUGUGAACACUCGUCCUGAGUUGUAUGACUCAUCAAACUAUGAUUACAGAGACAAGUACAAAAAGGACAUUGCAUGGAGAAGAGUCAGCGAGGAGACCGGACUGGAAGAGGAAGUGUGCCGCAAGCGGUGGAAGGGUUUGCGGGACACGUACCUCAGGGAGAGAAGGAUGGAGACAGAGGCCAGGAAGAGUGGGGCAGCAGCACACCAGCGGAGGAGAUGGAGGUUCUCUGGUGCCCUCUCGUUCCUGGAUCCAUUUGUGGCUCCCCGGCCCACUACCAGCAACAUGGGCCAGGUCCAGCAGCCACAAGAGGCCCAGAACCAGGACCUCCCUCCCUCAUCGACUGUGGACCAGGAGUCAGAAGAAGAUGAUGAAGAGCCCAGGACCUCUUCACUGUCUGAGGUCUCGUCAGGCUCAAAUGACCCUGGUCCUUCUGGUGCUGCUGCGCCCACUCCCCCGGUGUCCACUCCCACAGGACAAAGAAAGAGGAGGAGAACAAGAUCACAGGAGGAGCCUUCUGUGGUGGAGGCUGCCAUUUUGGCAGCACUAAACCGGCCGCCACCACCACCUCCUCCUCCUCCUCCGCGGGAAUUUAAUGCUGUGGAGCAUUUUCUCCUCAGUUUAGCUCCAGCUCUUGAAAGACUGCCAUUUCAUGAGCAAGAAAUAGUAAAAAUGGAAAUUCAUAAGGUCAUAUUAGAUCAUUGCACAGUUGUGCUUAAUUUGGAACAUUCGGCCCCUCAAUAGAUUUUUUUUUUUUUUUUUUUUUUUUAAAUAACAUAAAUUGACAGUUUUUCAAGGGAUGGACCUAAACAUUAUCUCCAUCCUUCUCUCCCUCCCUGUACUUGUCUUUGCUUUUCUCCAGUUCUUUUUGUA